CACUUGAUUUUAAAAUCUAUUUUAAAAUCAAUGAACCAAUAACAGUAGAUUUGAAUAUGAAUUUUAAAAUCACAGAACCAAUAACAGUAGAUUUGGUUUGGAUUUUCAAAUCCACUAAAAUACAUAAACCAAUAACAAUGUUUACGGUUAUUUUGUGAUAAAAACAUUUUUAAAACUAUCGUUUGGUAUUUCUCUUAACAAUUAUAUUGUGAUAGGUGGACUUGGUUAGCAAAGGAAAGGGUGGAUUAUUCCCCUUCCUCCUUUUGUGCUUUAUAGCCGCAACUUUUGGGGUUGCGAACGCGCUCGUGGAAGGUGCCAUGAUGGGGGAUCUUUCCUGCAUAAGCGGUGAUUUGAUUCAGCCGUUUGCAGCGGGUCUUGGUGUAGCAGGAGCGAUAACUUCUGGUUUGAGCCUCUUUACCAAAGCGGUCUUUCAAAAUUCUCGGGAUGGCCUAAGGAAAGGCGCAAUAUUAUUCUUGGCGAUAUCUUCAUUGAUUGAGUUACUCUGUGUAGUCAUAUACGCGUUAAUGUUCCCGAAGCUCUCCAUUGUGCAAAAUUAUCAGGCACACUCCGUAUCAAACGAGCUGGAAAACGCUCAAGAAUCAGGAGUCCUGCCAGCUGGCAAUUUAGAGCUGGCCCAUGAGAACAUUUACAAAUUGAUCAGCUUGUUCUUGACGUAUGCAUUGACACUGUCCAUAUUUCCAGGAUUCCUGUAUGAAAACACGGGAAAGCAUGAGCUAAAUUCUUGGUACCCUCUUGUCCUCAUUACAUGCUUCAAUGUAUGUGAUGCUCUCUCGAGAUACACUACCCUGAUCAAGCCACUUAAGAUGGAAUCAGGGACAUGGAUAACAAUUUGUGCGCUUGCUCGUAUUUUGCUCGUGCCUGCAUUCUAUUUCACGGCUAAGUAUGCUGAUCAGGGUUGGAUGAUCUUCCUAACAUCAUUUCUUGGAAUAACCAAUGGUUAUCUAACCGUAUGCACUCUCACUGGUCCAUCCAAGAAAAUCUAUAAUGCAUCAGAAUCCAGUUCUUUGGGGAACAUGCUUGUAGCUUCAAUGCUAUGCGGGAUUUUUGCAGGAGCUUGUCUUUCCUGGCUUUGGCUUAUUGGCAGCAAAAUCUCGUUUUAAUAUCAUGUUUUAUUUCAGUCAAUUCUCAAAAGCAUUGUUGAUGAUAAUUGGCUAAAAUAUCUGAAGUUUUGCUAUACUAAAUACAAAGUAAAAACGCUGUUUUAUUAUAUAAAUCUUAGUUUUUCAAAGUUUUUAAU